AUAUCAACGAACCAAACCCACUUCUUAUAACAAUGGAAUGAAUCGUCUCUCCCAUCUUAACAUCUGCCAUUUUUGUCAUAAUUUUUAGAAGAAACGGCCUCUGACUCUGAAAAAUGGGACUGUUAAGCAUAAUCCGGAAGAUCAAGAAGAAAGAGAAGGAGAUGCGUAUUCUUAUGGUUGGACUUGAUAAUUCUGGGAAGACGACGAUUGUUCUGAAAAUAAACGGAGAAGACACAAGUGUGAUUAGUCCAACACUUGGAUUCAACAUCAAAACCAUUGUUUACCAAAAGUAUACGCUAAAUAUAUGGGAUGUUGGUGGGCAAAAGACUAUAAGAUCGUAUUGGAGGAAUUACUUUGAGCAGACUGAUGGUUUGGUUUGGGUGGUUGAUAGUUCUGAUCUUAGGAGGUUAGAUGAUUGUAAGAUGGAACUUGACAAUCUCUUGAAGGAAGAGAGGCUAGCUGGGUCAUCUUUGCUGAUACUAGCAAAUAAACAGGAUAUUCAAGGUGCACUUACUCCUGAAGAAAUUGGCAAAGUGUUAAACUUAGAGUCCAUGGAUAAAAGCCGCCACUGGAAAAUCGUAGGUUGCAGCGCAUACACGGGUCAAGGUUUGUUGGAAGGAUUUGAUUGGUUGGUUCAAGACAUUGCCUCCAGGAUUUAUAUGCUUGACUAAUCGAUUAUUGCAUCGUGCAAUUGCUUGUUAUAUUCUCGACUGUUUGCAGUGUAAAGAUGCUGCUCGAUUGACUUUGUAUUGGCUCUAAGGUUUUCUUUCAGUUCUAUUGUAAUGAUGAUUAGACAAACAUAAAUCUUAAGUUUUGAA